CCCGCCGCAGUGGCUGACGGGAUGCGGAGCAGCAAACGAGGCCGUCGGCCAUUUUGUGUCUGUUUCCUGUGGGACGCGGUGGUAGCCGUUGGUUCGGCAAAGUGAGCGAUUUUUCUCCUCGUUUUUCCUGCUGCUUUUCUCCUCCUUUUUCUUCGUCGGUAGAGCGCAGUUAUGGGCCGCAAGAAGAAGAAGCAGCUGAAGCCGUGGUGCUGGUAUUGUAAUAGAGAUUUUGAUGAUGAGAAGAUCCUUAUACAGCACCAAAAAGCAAAGCAUUUUAAAUGCCAUAUAUGUCAUAAGAAGUUGUAUACAGGACCUGGCUUAGCUAUUCAUUGCAUGCAGGUGCAUAAAGAGACAAUAGAUGCUGUACCAAAUGCAAUACCUGGGAGAACAGACAUAGAGUUGGAAAUAUAUGGUAUGGAAGGUAUUCCAGAAAAAGACAUGGAUGAAAGACGACGACUUCUUGAACAGAAAACACAAGCAGAAAGUCAAAAAAAGAAGCAACAAGAUGAUUCUGAUGAAUAUGAUGAUGAUGACUCUGCAGCCUCAACUUCAUUUCAACCACAACCUGUUCAACCUCAACAAGGUUAUAUCCCUCCAAUGGCACAGCCAGGACUGCCACCAGUUCCAGGAGCACCAGGAAUGCCUCCAGGCAUACCUCCAUUAAUGCCAGGUGUUCCUCCUCUGAUGCCUGGAAUGCCACCAGUUAUGCCAGGCAUGCCACCUGGAUUGCAUCAUCAGAGAAAAUACACCCAGUCAUUUUGCGGUGAAAACAUAAUGAUGCCAAUGGGUGGAAUGAUGCCACCUGGACCAGGAAUACCACCUCUGAUGCCUGGUAUGCCACCAGGUAUGCCUCCCCCUGUUCCACGUCCUGGAAUCCCUCCAAUGACCCAAGCACAGGCUGUUUCAGCACCAGGUAUUCUUAAUAGACCACCUGCACCAACAGCAACAGUACCUGCGCCACAGCCUCCAGUUACUAAGCCUCUUUUCCCCAGUGCUGGACAGAUGGGGACACCUGUAACAAGCUCAAGUACAGCUUCAUCCAAUUCAGAAAGUCUGUCUGCAUCUUCUAAAGCUCUGUUUCCUAGCACAGCACAAGCUCAGGCAGCUGUCCAGGGACCGGUUGGUACAGAUUUCAAGCCUUUAAAUAGUACCCCGGCAACAACUACAGAACCCCCAAAGCCUACAUUCCCUGCUUACACGCAGUCUACAGCUUCAACCACUAGUACAACAAAUAGUACUGCAGCUAAACCAGCAGCUUCAAUAACAAGUAAGCCUGCUACACUUACGACAACCAGUGCAACCAGUAAGUUGAUCCAUCCAGAUGAGGAUAUAUCACUGGAAGAGAGAAGGGCACAGUUACCUAAAUACCAGCGUAAUCUUCCUCGACCAGGACAGGCCCCCAUUGGUAAUCCACCAGUUGGACCAAUUGGAGGUAUGAUGCCACCACAGCCAGGCAUCCCACAGCAACAAGGAAUGAGACCCCCAAUGCCACCUCAUGGUCAGUAUGGUGGUCAUCAUCAAGGCAUGCCAGGUUAUCUUCCUGGUGCUAUGCCGCCAUAUGGGCAGGGACCGCCAAUGGUGCCCCCUUACCAAGGUGGGCCUCCUCGACCUCCGAUGGGAAUGAGACCUCCUGUAAUGUCGCAAGGUGGCCGCUACUGAUCUUACUUCAUCCAGUCUAAUAGGUUUUUAGAAGUGAAGUAUAGUAAAUUUGGUUCGUUAAAUUGUGAAGGCGCUGGAAUUACAUGAACAUACCACCUUAAUAAAGGCAAGUUCUGUAAGCUUACAUUGCUAUUUGUAAAGUUAUGCCUUCACAGCAUUUCAGAUGCUGUUGGACUUCAUGUCCCCAACCUAGCUUGGUGAGGGCUGUAACUGUUUCCAAGUACCUGUACAUUGGAAGUCUGAAUGUGUAACAAUAUUUAAUGUAUUUAGAGUUCCUCAUGUUGCAGGGUUUAAGAAAUCUGACCCACCAAGGUCAUGUGACUUUUCUGUACUGUUAAACUUCAUUGUAAUAAAAUGAGAGAAAAAUUUAUGCCUUUUUAUUCAUAACCCAGCUGUGGACCACUGCCCAAAAGGUUUGUACAGAUGCAUGCCAUAGUAGAUGUCCACAUAAUAAAAUUCAUAGUUACCAAUGCAGUUUUGAUAUAUUAUUGGAUUCUGUCUUUGAGUUGUAGGUUAUUCCUUACCUGCAUAUUUUAAACUGAACAGUAUAUAUAGAAUUGUAUGUUAAUGCAUUAGUUAACAAAAAGCUUAGCUAUAUAUGAGUCUUACAUAAUACAGGUAUGGAAUCUUUUCACCUUUCACACCUCUUUGGUGUCAGUACAUGUCAGAUGUCAUUUUAAUAUGUAAACCUUAAUAACUUUUCCUUCCUGCUUAGAUGUUUAGAGCCUAGUGCCAGACCCAUUCAUUUCCUUUUGAUUAUUUUUGUGACUUCAGUACUGCAUGGACCUCAGAAGCUUUUCAGGUGCAAACUUCUAGAAGCUUAGGUGCAUGCAGUAAUAGCUUUUUGUGCUGUUAAUGGGCUGGUAUAUUAUUAUUCUAAGUGUAAUGCUAAGAAUCUAAAUGUGCCUCUGUUAGGAUGGUUAACAAACAGAAGGAUUGAAAAUCUGCUUUAUGUUCCUGGAAGAUUACAUUUUCAUUUGAUUAUAUAUUGAGUACCUUCUGUUAGUAAGCCUUUGGCUUUACUGUUCAACUUUUCAUCCUUGGAAAUUUUGAAUGUUACUGUGUUCUUACAGAGAACUUAUCUGUAGAGAUGACUGCUAUUCAGUAUAUUGUGUUACAAGUCUCUUAUAAUAGUAGCUCUUGACAUUUUGGCAAGUUUUUCUGAUCUUUACUUUUGCAGGUUAGUUUUAUGAUUAAAUAUCAAAUAACCCAUACAAAAUAAUUGUUGAUAUGAUGCACUCCAUUUGAAGUUUUCUCAGUAUAAAGUUAAGACUUCUAAGAAAGUGGUAACAUUUUAUAACUUAUGUGAAGGUAUAGAUAAAAGAUGUGAAAUCUGAAGUUGUAAGGAAAUAAGGGCUUUAAAUUUGAAGGAAGAUGUAUUGAAAAAUGUCUUAACCAUCACAGAAGUCUGUAUUGAAGUGACCAGUAAAAGUCAUUCCUUGAAACAAAACAUUUGCAAGUAUUAUAAAGCUGAAUUCUAUUUUAAA